AUGCCGCACACACUCGUCACUGGCGCCAACUCCUUCGUUGGCGUCUAUGUAGUCAAGACCCUAGUGGAAGCUGGCCACACGGUGACUGGUAGUGUCCGGCGGGCUACGGCGGGUGAAGACGUCAUUGCCGAGCAUCCUGAGUGGAAAGAGAAGGUCGACUUCAUCGAGGUCCCCGAUUACGCCGCUCCACACGCUUGGGACACGGUAUUCAGCAGUCGCGAAUUUGACUACAUCGUGCACGUUGCGUCCCCCAUGUUUGGGGACGAAAAGAACACAGAUUAUGACCGCGAUUGGCUCAGGCCGGCCGUAGAUGGUGAACUCUCCAUCCUCAAGUCUGCGCAAGAGUUUGCAACGUCUUUGAAACACAUUGCUAUUACCGGCUCGAUCAAUGCUGUUUCCACAGGCGACGACUUGGUAGACCGUGUCCUAACCAACGAGUCUUGGAACCGCUUGACCCAGGAUGAUGCCAGGGCUGCCAAUCAUCCCUUCUAUUCUUACUGCAGUUCCAAGAAGGAAGGCGAGCUGGCGAUUUGGGAGUUUGUCGAAAAUGAGAAGCCAUCAUUCGGAAUUACAGUCUUCCUGCCGCCCUUGAUAUUCGGCCCUCCCAUUCAGGCGAUUAAGAAACCAAUCUCGAAAGGCAUCAACUUCUCUACCGACAUAUUCCACAGUCUGUGGGAUGGCAGUAACGACGAAAUUCCCAGCACCAUGUUCCCGAGCUAUAUCGAUGUGCGUGACUUGGCCGAAGCGCACGUAAGAGCUCUCACAGCCCCGGGGGCAAGGAACAAACGCCUGCUUAUCGGAGGCUUCCCUUUGACUAACACAGCCAUGGCGAAGUCCAUCAAGGAUCAGGUGAACAGGGGUGAGUUGCCAAAUACAAUCCUUGACAAACUGGCCAAGGAGAGCGGGGAGGACAAGACUACCCCAGUGCCAAAGAUCGAGGCUGGAGAGGCAACGGAAGUCCUGGGGUUGACUUUCCGAACCAUGGAUCAAACUACUGGGGACACUGUGAAGAGAAUUCUGGAACUGAAGGCACGUGAACUGGCUAAUUAA